CGCCGCCCGAGCCCGCGCCGAGCGUGCGCCUCGCCCUCCUCCCGCGCCCGCUCUGCUCUAGGAUGCUGCGGCAGGUUCUGCACAGGGGCUUGAGGACGUGUUUCUCCCGGCUCGGCCACUUCAUUGCCAGUCACCCUGUCUUCUUCGCCUCGGCGCCGGUGCUCAUCUCCAUCCUGCUCGGCGCCAGCUUCAGCCGCUACCAGGUCGAGGAGAGCGUGGAGCACCUGCUGGCGCCCCAGCACAGCCUCGCCAAGAUCGAGCGCAACCUCGUCAACAGCCUCUUCCCGGUCAACCGCUCCAAGCACCGGCUCUACUCGGACCUGCAGACCCCUGGGCGCUACGGCCGGGUCAUCGUCACCUCCUUCCAGAAAGCCAACAUGCUGGACCAGCAUCACACCGACCUGAUCUUAAAGUUGCAUGCUGCUGUGACCAGGAUCCAGGUUCCAAGGCCUGGAUUUAAUUACACAUUUGCUCACAUAUGUAUCCUGAAUAACGAUAAGACUUGCAUCGUGGACGACAUAGUGCAUGUCCUGGAGGAGCUAAAGAAUGCUCGGGCCACCAACCGGACCAAUUUUGCUAUCACGUACCCGAUCACUCACUUAAAGGACGGGAGGGCAGUUUACAACGGGCAUCAGCUUGGAGGCGUCACCGUGCACAGCAAGGACCGAGUGAAAUCCGCAGAGGCCGUCCAGCUCACCUACUACCUGCAGUCAAUCAACAGUCUCAACGACAUGGUGGCAGAGAGGUGGGAGUCCAGCUUCUGCGACACCGUCCGACUGUUCCAGAAAUCUAACGGCAAAGUCAAAAUGUACCCUUACACGUCCUCCUCACUGAGGGAAGAUUUCCAGAAGACCAGCCGUGUAUCAGAACGCUACCUGGUCACCAGCUUGAUCCUGGUGGCCACCAUGGCCAUCCUCUGCUGCUCCAUGCAGGACUGCGUCCGCAGCAAACCCUGGCUGGGCCUGCUCGGGCUGGUGACCAUAAGCCUGGCCACUCUCACUGCGGCCGGGAUCAUCAAUCUUACUGGUGGGAAAUACAAUUCCACCUUCCUGGGAGUCCCUUUCGUCAUGCUAGGUCAUGGAUUAUAUGGGACUUUUGAAAUGUUAUCCUCCUGGAGGAAAACUAGAGAAGACCAACACGUUAAAGAGAGAACUGCAGCAGUCUAUGCAGACUCCAUGCUCUCCUUUUCUCUCACCACUGCCAUGUACCUGGUCACCUUUGGCAUAGGGGCCAGCCCUUUCACGAACAUUGAGGCAGCCAGGAUUUUCUGCUGCAAUUCCUGUAUCGCAAUCUUCUUCAACUACCUCUAUGUACUCUCGUUUUAUGGUUCCAGCCUGGUAUUCACUGGCUACAUAGAAAACAAUUACCAGCAUAGUAUCUUCUGUAGGAAAGUCCCAAAGCCCGAGGCAUUGCAGGAGAAGCCCGCAUGGUACAGGUUUCUCCUGACGGCCAGGUUCAGCGAGGACACAACUGACGGCGAGGAAGCGAACACUUACGAGAGUCACCUAUUGGUAUGUUUCCUCAAACGCUAUUACUGUGACUGGAUAACCAACACCUAUGUCAAGCCUUUUGUAGUUCUCUUUUACCUUAUUUAUAUUUCCUUUGCCUUAAUGGGCUAUCUGCAGGUCAGUGAAGGGUCAGACCUUAGUAACAUCGUAGCAACGGCGACACAAACCAUUGAGUACACUACUGCCCAGCAAAAGUACUUUAGCAACUACAGUCCGGUGAUUGGGUUUUACAUAUACGAGUCUAUAGAAUACUGGAACACUAGUGUCCAAGAAGACGUGCUAGAAUACACCAAGGGGUUUGUGCGAAUAUCCUGGUUUGAGAGCUAUUUAAAUUACCUUCGGAAACUCAACGUGACCACUGGCUUGCCUAAGAAAAAUUUCACAGACAUGUUGAGAAAUUCCUUCCUGAAAGCCCCCCAAUUUUCACAUUUUCAAGAGGACAUCAUCUUCUCUAAAAAGUACAAUGAUGAGGUUGAUGUAGUGGCCUCCAGAAUGUUUUUGGUGGCCAAGACCAUGGAAACGAACAGAGAAGAACUCUAUGAUCUCCUGGAGACCCUGAGGAGACUUUCUGUCACCUCCAAGGUGAAGUUCAUCGUCUUCAAUCCGUCCUUCGUGUACAUGGAUCGAUACGCCUCCUCUCUGGGAGCCCCCCUGCACAACUCCUGCAUCAGUGCUUUGUUCCUGCUCUUCUUCUCGGCAUUCCUGGUGGCAGAUUCUCUGAUUAAUGUCUGGCUCACUCUAACGGUUGUGUCCGUGGAGUUUGGAGUUAUAGGUUUCAUGACAUUAUGGAAAGUAGAACUGGACUGCAUCUCUGUGCUAUGCUUAAUUUACGGAAUUAACUACACAAUCGACAACUGUGCUCCACUAUUAUCCACCUUUGUUCUGGGCAAGGAUUUCACAAGAACGAAGUGGGUAAAAAAUGCCCUGGAAGUGCAUGGGGUAGCUAUUUUACAGAGUUACCUCUGCUAUCUUGUUGGUCUGAUUCCUCUUGCAGCUGUGCCUUCAAAUCUGACCUGUACACUGUUCAGGUGCUUGUUUUUAAUAGCAUUUGUCACCUUCUUUCACUGCUUUGCCAUUUUACCUGUGAUACUGACUUUCCUGCCACCCUCUAAGAAAAAAAGGAAAGAGAAGAAAAAUCCUGAAAAUCAGGAGGAAAUUGAGUGUGUAGAAAUGGUGGAUAUCGAUAGUACCAGAGUGGUUGACCAAAUUACAACAGUGUGAUAGCGUCUGCUUGUUAUAUUUUCACCCUAGGUCUUAUCAAGAGCAAAGGGAUGAUGUUAAUGGAAACAAAUUGAAAGUUGUUCUUUGGUUUUUAAGAAUAAGAAAUAGGCAUCGCCAAAAAAAAGUAAAGGACAAGGUGGGGAAAUGGGCAUUGCAUAUUUUCAAUCUUUAAAACGAAAGGUUGUCAUCAGAGAAAAUUUACACACACACACACACACACACACACACACACACACCCUAGGAGACUCAUAGUCUCUUAAACUAAGAUCAAAUAAGCAAAAGCUUAUUAGCAAGCAGAAUCCUCUUCUACUCACACUGCAGAUGUUGCUGGUAUUGUGACAAAAACCUCCUGAUUGAAAGGUCAGCUGCCAAGGCAGAAAUAGCUUCGAGCGUCGCUCAAACAGUAAAGCUUCCAGAACUUCUGCAGAGCGGCAGCUCCAAGCAGCGUCUGUGGUUUAAGGUCAAAGGUCUUUGCCGUCUCAUCUAUCCCCCCAACACCCCAAGGGGAUGUUUGUGAAAGUUCUGGCCACCAAAAGCAAGCCAGAACCUCAGAAACAGACACAUGGCGGAAUGGCCAUCACCCAUGGACUGAAACUGAGUCACCUCUAAACUCACCCGGGUGAGGCAGUUUUGUUGUCCAGAAUGAAUUUAUCAUACGCCCCACCCACCCACCAUCAAUAUACUUUUAACAUCGGUAUGGUUUGGUUAAUAUACCUUUAAACCAAUGACAGCUCCAGCAAUGCAGAGUUAAGGCAAUUCUAUUUUGGUAUAUCUCGUUGCUUGUCACCAAAUGGAUCUGCUUCAUUACUUACAGCUCUUGGCAAGAGGCUCUGAGUACCCAAAACCACAGAGCCAAACCGAAAUACCUGGCAUGAUGAAGGAAAAGCAGGUGUCUACUUGAACCCAGAGAUAGUAUUUCCAUUUUGACAAAAAAAAAAAAAAAAGGCCAGCUGGUACAGCUGUUUGCGGUUUGGCCCUACAUGCAUUUUUUUUUUUUUUGCAUGGAUGCCCAGAAAUAACAUCUGCCCACACAUAGCUGAGGAAGGAGAAAUGAACACUGACAUGGUUAUCUGCCACAGCUUCCCACUUGUAGUGCCAGUCUGCCUUUGCUCAGGAGACAUGCUUGCUCAGAGAUACAGAGAAGAAAAGUCCUGAAACUUUGUAAGUCCUGAAACUGAGAACUUCAGGCAGACAUAAAGGGCUGAAAGUGAGAUAAAUGGAAAUGACUGGAAGAUGUAAUCACCACCAUAAAUCUAUCAACGAUGACAGUCAAGCUUUCCUGCUAACCUGGCUGCACUUUCAUCUUCCUGGUCCCCACGCCCCCCCACCUUCGUUGGUACCCCUCUACUUCCUUGCACGGCCCUUCUGUACAUUAUCGAGCCUAGAUGUUUAUACUGUUGACUUGCAGUAUCUACAGGAUCUAAACAGAAAUGGUUUGAUCUGAAGAGGCUGUGUAUGUUGCCCCCGACCCCUGCAUUUCUUUAAGUCUAUAAAAAUGAAGCUAAAACCUGGUCACACUUGAGGUAAAUGUCUACAGUACUUUUCCCUUUUAGAGACGUAGCUUAUUUAGACAUCUGUAGUGGUAAGCAUUUCCCCAAAGCACCUUACCUUUCCGGACCUUAGCGGAUGUACUGUGCAACUUCCCCAUCCCCUGCAGCGGAGGAAACUGAGACCUAGGAGAAUAAAGUGACUCACCCAGGGUCACACCACUGGAGGGUUUCCAUCAUUUUAGCAUGCCUAAGACAGGGCAGGCCAAUUUUAGAUCUUCUCAUAAGAGGGCUACUACUCCCUUCAAAGUACAUUUCCAAGGAAGAAACAUAGGACUUAUUGGCCAUAAGGCAGACUUUUUUUUAAUGUCUGGGUAAUGUUUGGGAUUUAGGUUUACCAUUGUCUUUCCAGACAGCAAAAAUUCCCAAAUGAUUCAGAUGUAACUACACCAAGUGCAAACCUGUGCUUUCUAUUUCAUGUACUGUUGUUCACACAGUUCUAAAUAUAUGUGCAGGGGAUCAUAGCUAGUGCAUUACACACUUGUUCAAGCUCUCCUGCAAACACACUAAGUGAUCAUACCAAUGUGUUAUGCACUCAACUAGAAGAUAAUGAGCUUUAAUCUAAGGACAAAUGCAAUCCUCGAAAAAGGGCAAGUUCGCAUAAUAGAUCUGCGAUCAAUUCUCUCUCCAAGGGGCCUGCAACUAGGCUAUCAUUGAUAAAACACAGCUGAAGAGGGGAUUGGUUUUAUUCUUAAAUCAUAUGUUGCUAAAUCAUUUUCUGAAGAGCGUGUUCUAAAUCAGCCAUUGAUUUAGUGCCAGCCACGUGGAGCACCUUGGGUUACAGUGACUCCACAAAACUGAUACAACACAUACCAAUUAAGCAGAUUUUGUUGAGAAUUUAACCAUUCAGUUUGGUCAACCAGAAUGACUUAUGUGGAACUUUAUUUUAUGACAGAUAGUAGUUUUCCCUCUUGAUUGGGUCUCUGCACACCUUGGGAUAUUGUAUUUUUAAAUGAAGGGCAUUUUCAAACUUGUCAACUUCUCUUUUCAGCACUUGAAAUCUAAGCUUAUGGAAUUCUGACUGUGGAAUGAAUGAAUUAUUUUGGGGGGAGUCUGCAUGCCAAGAUUGACUACUUAUUAUUUAUUGUUAGAUCAUUAUUACUUAUUUGUUAAUAUUCAUUAUUAAUAAUUGCUCUGAUAGCAUUGGUUUAGCCCCACCAUGGAAAAGACAUUUUGAAAAUAGGUCAGAAUCACAUCCCCCCAAAAUUUAAGUCUUUACUUCAUGAAGUUUUACUUUUUCAAUUGCUAUAAAGAGGGAAGGAACAAUCCUAGCAAACACUUGCAAAAGUUUUAUUUUUCAAUUAAUUCCAACCAAGACAUUAAUGUCCACUUUACCAAAGAAACUUAUUUGGUUGGUUUUGAGUUCGUAUUUAUUGUUUGUUUACCAAAGAAAAUAUUCCAUUCAUCAAAAAUAUUUCCCCUGCUCAACUAAAAAAAAAAAAAAACUGUGAUAUUGGGCUUUCUUGGCCAUUCAUAAAGAAAAAAAGAAAAGUCAGGGUAAGGGUGAUAUUCUCUCAUUGAGUUAAACUCAACAGAAGAUGUAAAUUCACAAGAAGCUUGGGGUUUGCAAGAAAGAAAAUGACACUUGAAAUAGGGCAUUAUUGUUAAGUCCUAUAGCAAUGGCCCAAUGAAUAGCAUGAGGGCUCCUCGGGCUAAAAGGAGCAUAUUUGUUGCACAGAAAAAAUAAGAUAAUCGCUGAUGAAACUCCUUCGCCAUUGUUCCAGCUCAUAAGCUUUGUUUGGGGUUUGGGGCGGUUUUAGGUUUUGGGGUUUUGCUUUGCUUUGGUUUGUGACAUUUGUUUGUGUUUGCUCCUACCUUUUCUACCAUUUCUACCCCCUCAAUUUUCAGGCAAAAGUGAGCUAAUCAGAUGCCAUCCUCCAUGGCUACAGUUAUUUGUGCAAAUAUGCUGCUCCGAACAAGGCCCUUGAUAACCCUUUUAUUUUAACCAACCACCACCCAAUUGUUCUAAGUGGCAUUCUGGGACCAUGACAUCACUUUCCUCCAGCCCCAGCAAUGGAGCGUGGCUGUGUCUAUCUCAAGAACGAGUGGGCUGGGCAGCCGCCCUGGGGGUGUGGCAUGAGUCAGAGCCUCUUGGACACAAAUGAUAUCCUCCUUAUAAUGGCUUUUUAUUCCUUCGGAUCCUAUUAAAGUAGCCCUGCAGCUUAUAGUAGUGUUUGAUCUCUGUGAAUCUCUGUUUUCUCAUCUGUAAAAUGGCGAUAAUAACAGUAACUAUCUUUCAAUUCAGCAAAUACUUACUGAGUGCCUAAUAUCACCCAGAUACUGUUCUAGAGACUGGGGACAGCAGUAAACAAAUCACAUAAAAAAAAAUCUGCCCUCGAGAGCCUACAUUUGAGUGAUAUUGUGGGUUUACUGUAAGGAUUAACAUGAGAAGAUGUUCAGAGAGCACUCAUGGCAAGGCCUGGCAUAGAGAAGGAACUCAAGACAUUAUUAUUUGUAAUUUGUCCAUCCCACACAGUAGCACUAGAGCUCAGGAUGGAAAGCUACAGAGAAGCAGAUUUGUGCAGAUCAGAGCCCAGGAUUAGGGCUAUGUAAAAACGCAGUUGUCCUGGUCAUUUUAAGACAUUCAAAAUUUGGCUGGAUCAUCACUUAGUGGAGUGAGUGUGAAGGUGGCACAAGCCCUAGAUGGUGGAGUUGGAUUGUAAUCCUUGAAAGAAAGGGAUUACAGGUAGUUGGGAAUGGAGUGGGGAGGGGAGGGCGCUUAUUUCAUUACUAUGCCCGGCUUGUCUGAAGACAUUUGAACAUUCCUUUGGGGUAAUUUGCUUUUAAGUCUGUGCUACAUAAAAAGCACCAGGUAUUUAAAGACAAAGUUCCUAUUUUUUUAAAGCAUGGUAAAUCUGCAACACGAAGGAAAAUAUUAAAUUAGUACUACCAGAUUCUCUGGCAAAGAACUGAGAAUGGCUUCAGCCAACACAUUGCAGAGUACCUCCCCGUGGUGGUUACAACUGUUUAUUUCUGUUUCAUGCCAGUCCAGGAGAAAGCAAAGAGGAAAGUGAAUGAGCUAAAAUCCAUUCACCUGAAUAGGCAGUGUCAGGCUGUCCUCCCCAGCCCGCCUCUCACCUGCCCCCCUUCUGCCCAGGUGAUGUGUUUGAAGUCCUCUGAUAUCUGUGAGGGCACCAUGCAAGGAAGAGGAAGCGAGGUGAGCAGACAGCUAUGGCCUGUGUGUCAAUUUUCAGGUUAGAUUAAAAUGAGCACGGCAAAGGUUUGGAGGAGCCGACCCGGGGAAAGAAGGUUUCUUUUCAAAGUACAAAGAAAGCAAUGUCUACCAAGGAGGCGACCCACAGAGGGCCCUUGGUGGAAGGAAUGCUGUUCCUGUGGGACACGCCAGCCUCUUCCCCCUCCAGAAUGUUGACACCAGAUGAACCGUUGGAUAGAAUUAAGCUUACCCUUCUGUUUUUCACUUAGGAAAAUGGAAACCUGCAGAAGUGAAAUUACACGCACAGAGCCAGUUAGAAGCAGAUACAGGACUAUGAUUGAAGUCUCCUAGCUCCUAGCCUCAGUCCUUUCUCCAUUCUGCCACUUUACUGCCAAAUUCUAUGUGUCUAAAUCACGGGCUCUUAACCUGGGGGCCAUGAAUGAGUUGGUGGGAGGGCGGGACUCUGAACUCCUUAGAAUUGAAUUAUACGCAAAAAUGUGUCUAUAUGUUCCAUAUGUGCAUUUUCCUAAAGAGAGUUCAUAGUUGUCAUCAGGUUUCCAAAGAGGUCUGCGACCCCAAAAGGGUGAAGAACAACUGUCCUCAAUUAAUAAAGACCUCAUUGGGAGUGUGAUCCUAGUGUCCUCAUUUUGGCUAAAGGGCAAUCAACAAUUUCUCAACCAUCUUUUCUCCAAGGAGCCAAAACUGCUUCUAGGUACUGGUCUCUUCAUGCCCAGCCAAGUGCCUACUACUCUUCCUUUAUUCCUCAUUCACUCAUUUAUUUAAUCUGCAAACGUGUUUUCAUUGUCCAAUCUAUGUUCUAGCACCAGUUAAACACACUCUCCAGGGCGAGACUGGGGAAAGGACCCCUCUGCAUCAUGCUCUUAUUGGCAGAAAGAAUACUAGGCCGCUACCACAUACUUACUGUUGCAACAAAGGAAUAUAUAGCCUCAGAGUUACAGUAACCACUCCCCACACAUAGACACACACAGAGGGGGCAGCCAGCAAAGGUGACAUGUGGACGUGGGCCCUGUUAAAGAAGAAGCAGCAGAGCAGCCUAUUUCCAAGCUUUACAGGUCUAUGCUUGUGGCAGCAGCAUGCCAUCCUUGAAGGGGUGCUCCCAAGUCAUCUCUAUUCAAGAGAGGGAGAGAAUGUGUCUCAUUCAUCUCGGUAAUACUUGUAGUGAACACAUAGGAAAUCACGGCCAUGGACAUAUGGUUACAUUUAAGGACAGAUGUGUCUUGGACACAGAUAUACAAAUUGAAGCCCAGUUCUCUUGACUCCCAACCAUCAGCUAGAUAUCGUAGACAUGGAUGGAGGAAGCUAGAGAAUAAACGACUCUACGUGUACCUGUUAGUUGUGCUUCCUCUGGCAUAACUUGAGGCACAAGGAAUGUACCUGGGUUGUCCUAAGGGUAAGGCUGGGGAAGCACUGCUUAGCCCUCCCUGAAGCACAAAGGAGGCACGGGUGACUGAACAGUGCCAUUUACAGAACCCUCUGCCCAGCCGUGAAAAGGGAAGCCUUCUGUUGAGGUGGAGGGAUAUCAGCCCCACUUUGUAGCAUGUGAUAUGAAGUUUGAAGACUCUGCUCACUGAGAUCUAUAAAGUGCUUCGUUUAAUUCCCACAAAAUGGCAAAGACUCGGCCCAUUCCUAUUACCCACCCAUUCCAGGCUCAUCCUGGGGAAAACCCAUACGAUUCUCUUUGGCAAAACAAUGUACUUAAUUUCCAGGGUGAAACUUCAACAUGUCUGGCUCAGACUUUCACAUCUUUAUUCUUUAAAUUAACAUUCUGCCAGAACUGCUUUUGCCCCCUUCCAGAAUCACCAAGGCAAAUUCCAUGAUGCCUCCCAGGACCAUAGGUGACUGGCCAAAAUUGGUAACGACCCAUUAGCGCUGCUUCACACACACACACACACACACACACACACACACACACACACACACACACACACACACACACACACACACACACACACACACACACACACACACACACACACACACACACCAGGCACACAUAAUGCAUGUACACUCACACCUAUAACACAUGUACACACAUAAGUACAUACAUGCACAUGCACACUGCCUUUUACAACAUACCUGACACAUUUGAGGCACAUUAAAAUGCUUUAGUAGGCCCAGCCCUGUGGUUCGGUGGGAUUUGGCAAGCCAAAGGCUUCAGCUAUCUGUAGGGAACCAUAAAAAAUAUUAUCUUCCCCUUUUAUAUGUUUCCUGUGCGUGAGCAUGUCUGAGACCAGCCAUAUAAUACACUUUAAGAAAAAGAAACCUGAGGAAGUGAAUGUUUCUUGGAAUUUACAAAGUGCUAACAGCUUUCUAGUGGAAAACUGCAUUUGAUGGAAUUUUUCUAAGUCACAGGUGAGAACAGCAGUGACCCCAAACCACAGAGAUCUCUCCCAAAGUCUGGAAUUGUGGAAAUUUACCUAGAAUUUUUGCUUUGCAAUCCAGCCAAGGAGAAAAGGAGUGGAGAGGAAGGAAGAAGUACAUACGGGGUGGUCGCUUCGCUUUGCCAACUCCCAGUCUUAAGAAGGAGUGGGCAUUUGCCGUUUAUCUGCAGCAUUAGUUUGAUGGGAAAGCCAGUACCUUUCAUCCAUGUCAAGGAAAGGAGGUGCCACCCAGGGAAGCCUAGUGAUAAGAAACAUCAGUUUGGGAGAAAAGUCACACAAGUAACAGAAAGAACUAUCCAACACCAGAAACUUACAGCCACCCCACAACACACACACACACACACACACACACACACACACACACACACACAAACACAGGGAGUAGACAUUAAGAGAAGUUGGGGAGGGGCUUCCCUGGUGGCGCAGUGGUUGAGAGUCCGCCUGCCGAUGCAGGGGACACGGGUUCGUGCCCCGGUCUGGGAAGAUCCCACAUGCCGCGGAGCGGCUGGGCCCGUGAGCCAUGGCCGCUGAGCCUGUGCGUCCGGAGCCUGUGCUCCGCAACGGGAGAGGCCACAACAGUGAGAGGCCCGUGUACCGCAAAAAAAAAAAAAAAAAAAAAAAAAAAAAGAA